UCUACCCGGAGUCAUUUAGGGGACGCACAUAUUACAAUGGCAACCUGUUCGAAGAACAGCAAGGCUGAUGCUGACGAUGAAAUAAACGAUCCUGGCGCCGCUCCUUACGGUAACUUCAUAAAUUAUUACAGCUUCAACCCUCCGGAGAACCGCCUGAGUCUGAUUCCAUCGGCUCUGCUCAGGGAUUUAGGAUACAGUGAUGAGACCACGCUGAUCGUGGACGUGGGCUGUAACUCAGGGGAACUGAGCAUAGCUUUCUACAAACAUCUGGUGCCUGAGGAACAGCCUGAUAGGAGGAAAGUUCACCUCCUGGGCUUCGACUUGGAUGAAACUCUAGUUCAGCGAGCGGAGGAGAUAAACCCUCUGCCAAGCAGAAUCACCUUCAUCCCUCUCGACAUCACUAAAGACACCAACCAGCUGCAGGACUACCUCAGCCUGCACGGCUGCUCUCACUUCCACUUGUGUCUGUGUCUAGCUGUGACCAUGUGGGUCCAUUUAAACCACGGAGACUUGGGCCUGCUGCAGCUGCUCUCUCGCCUGUCCUCCAUGAGUCAGCACCUUCUGCUGGAGGCCCAGCCCUGGAAGUGUUAUCGCUCUGCAGCCCGGCGGCUGAGGAAGCUGGGACGCUCGGACUUUGACCACUUUAAGACCCUGAAGAUCCGAGGGGAUGUGGCAGAUCAUGCCAGGGAACACCUAGAAAGACACUGUGGCAUGGAGCUAAUCCAGAGCUUUGGCAGCACUGCAUGGGACCGUAAGCUGCUGCUUUUCAGAAAGACGUGAGGGGCUCUGUCAGGAGUUCCCAUCAGCAGGAAGGACAGCAGAAACCACAAAGACAGAUUGAUAUUAAUCAGCAAUUAGUUUGUUUCUUUUAAAGAAAAUUGCUGCUUCAAAUCUAAAGAUUUUAAAGAAGUGAUAAUAAAUAGACUUUGUGCUCUUAAGAGUGCAAGCAAGUGUA